GCGUGAUUUUCCCACCAAAUUGCGCGUAUAUGUCAUUGUUUCAGGGCGCCUAAAUUAUCGUUUAAGAAGGAAUUUUCGUUAAUUAAUUAAUAAAAAUACAUAUAUUUGUGCAUGUGUAAUGAGUGAAUACCUUUUUCUGAAAUAUACUGAUUUAAUUUAGGAUGGUUCAUGUUUCAGAGUACAAUUGUAAUUUUCUGCAAUUUCCAUAUGGUGAUUGCUCUCGUUGACAGAUCAAAGGUCUUCUUAUUCUGAUCGUAAUUUUACAUUUGAUUUUACUACGACACGAUGGCAUUGCAAUUACAAAUUUUAUCGAAUAUUCUACAGCGAUUAGAAUGCAUAGAAACUACAGCAACUGGUUAUCUUUAUGGUAUUCUGCAUAAUAAUACAUUGGUAGUUCUAACAUUUACUUUAAACUCAGAUGAAAGUGAGAGUGAAAAUAUAAUUGAUUAUACAACACUGCAACUCAAUCUACCUGCAGACAUAUAUUUUUGUGGUAUAUUGCACAUUGGUGAAUGUGAAGAAGUAAAUCCAGAUAUUUUUAAGGAUAUUGAUAUUACGGAUAACCCCUUAUUUUUAAAGUAUUCACAGAAUACAUUGGAUAUGCAGGCAUAUUUUUAUGUACAUCAGAAAUUAGAAGCUGUUAAUUAUUUCAAUAUUAUUAGUGAAGAUGAUCUUUCUCAACAAUUUGUGUACAUUAAAUCACAGGCAACUUUCCCAUUAAUUGCUCAAGAUGGAAACAUAUUGGAAGCAUUACAAGAAUCACGAAAAAAUAUUGCAUCUGGAAAAAUAGGAAUACAUUUUCCUUUGAAUAAUGUAUAUCUCUUUAGAACUGAUGAAAGUUUAAAAGACAGACUGUUAAAAGAUUUUUUAUCCUUAUCCAAAGAACAUGACAAAUCUUCAACUGGAUCAAAUAAUAUAAAUCACAUUAUUGGACUUGUGGAUAUCAUACAUGCAAACAUAUUAUUAAAAAUAUCAAGUGAGAAAAAUUCUGAAGAAUCUAUCAAAUAUGCUCCUGUCUUGCAACAUAUCAAACAAUCAUUUGAUGGUUUAGAAUGCAAUGUACACAUCAAUGCAUUGUCACUAGUGAGUUUAAAUGCAACAUCAGCCGAGUUGCAUGCAAUUGUAGUGGAGUCCAUUUGUCGGAACAUUAGAUUAAUUGAAAUGCAACAAGGUCUCCAGUCCAAAAAUAUAAAAUUAUCUGCAAAGUUACCAGAAGUCAUGCAUUUUAAACCUCGAAGCUGUGGGCAUUUAUUUACGAUAGUAUUUUCUGAUGGUUCUACUAACGAUAACACAAUGGAAUAUCGUAAGGCUUUACACAAGGCUUUAGCAUUAGAUUUGACUAAACCAUCUUUUCGACGUGGGAAUGCUAUACAAUUCAAUAUUCAAGCAAACGAAAUACUUGUAAAUCCUCAUCAAGCCCUUUUACAUAAAGGUGUUGCAGGAAAACUCAGUAUUGUGGAUGGUUUGUAUUCGUAUCAUCAUUAUAUGCAAAAUAAUUUUGAUGAUAAUGGUUGGGGAUGUGCCUAUAGAUCUCUUCAAACCAUCAUUUCAUGGUUUAGAUUACAAGGUUAUACUGAAAUACCAAUACCUUCUCAUCGCAAAAUACAACAAUGUUUAGUCGACAUAGGUGAUAAACCUUCUGCAUUCAUUGGCAGUAAACAGUGGAUUGGUUCUACUGAAGUAAGUUUCGUGUUGCAGACUUUGCUUAAUAUAGAUAUAAAAAUACUUUGUGCAUCAAGUGGGGAAGAAAUGUCGGCCUUAAUUCCACAACUUAUAUGUCAUUUUGAUACACAGGGUACACCUAUCAUGAUCGGUGGGGGAGUUUUAGCUCACACAAUUCUGGGAGUUAGUUAUGAUGAAUCAUCUGGAGAGGGGAAAUUUUUAAUUCUAGAUCCACAUUACACAGGUACAGAGCAUUUACCUACCAUAAUAAAUAAAGGAUGGUGUGGAUGGAAAACAAGAGAUUUUUGGAGAAAAGAUGCAUUUUAUAAUAUGUGCCUUCCACAAAGACCUAUAAUCUUCUGAUGUUGGAUAAACUGUAUAUAAUUCAAUUUUCAA